AUGCCCUCCUUUGGGCGUUCUAACUCCUCUUUCCAGGACAGGAGGCAGCUUCUAAUGUCUCGAAGCGGAUACCCUGAUAUUGAGAUGGGUAUCAUUGGGAGUAACAAUAUGGAUCAUGCAAAUGAAAUCAGGCUCUCUUCGGCUAUGAAUAUGUCUGUCCCUAGUUGGAAUCGAGCAGGAAAUGGUGUGUUUUCGUUAAGAGAGAUGGAAGUUGCAACAAAUUGGUUUUCUGAUCAGAACAUGAUGAGUGGUCAUGAUCAUUAUGGGUUUGUUUACAGGGGAGUUCUGUGUGAUGGUACUAGAGUUGCUGUGAAGAAAUUGCAAUACAGCAGUGGGAUGGCAGAAGAUUUCAUGGUGAAAGCAGAAGAAAUCGGAGAUAUUCAACAUAAGAAUGUGGUGGAGCUUUAUGGGUAUUGUACUGAAUCAGCUUUGAGAUUGCUUGUGUAUGAAUAUGUGGACAAUGGAAACGUACAUUGGUGGCUACAUGAAUGUGCAAGAUUAACCAGCCCCUUAACUUGGGAUAUUAGGUUAAAAAUCAUGCUUGGAACUGCAAAAGGGUAA